GCCCCGGCUAGAAAGUAGAAAUCGGUGGACCGGGCGGACAUGGAGAUGAUGCCUUGUGAACAGCCGGCGGUGAGGCUCAUCGGCUGGCUGAGCCCGUACGUGCACCGGGCCGAGGUGGCCCUGCGCCUCAAGGGCGUCCCCUACGAGCUCCUACACGACGACAUGGCCAGCAAGAGCGACCUGCUGCUCACCCACAACCCCGUCCACAAGAAGGUCCCCGUGCUCCUCCACGGCCACCGCUCCAUCCCGGAGUCGCUCGUCAUCGUCGAGUACGUCGACGAGGCCUUCCCCGCCGGCCCGCCGCUGCUCCCCUCCGACCCCCUCGCCCGCGCCAACGCCCGCUUCUGGGCAAGAUUCCUCGACGACAAGUGCUGGAAGGCCCUGUGGGUGGCGCUGUGGGCGGAGCCCGGCGAGGCGCGGGCGGCGGCGGCGAGGGAGGCCAAGGAGGGCCUGGCGCUGCUGGAGGCGCAGCUGCCGGAGGGGAAGCGGUUCUUCGGCGGCGACGCCAUCGGCCUCCUUGACAUAGCUGCCAGCGGGGUGGCGCGCUGGCUGGGCGUGUUCGAGGAGAUGGCCGGGGUGCGGCUGCUGACCGAGGAGGAGCACCCGGCGCUGUGCCGGUGGGCGAGGGAGUACGCGGCGGACGAGACCGUGCGGCAGUGCCUCCCGCACAGGGACCUCGUGCUGGCCGUCCUGACGCCCAGGAGGGGCAUGUUCGUGUCCACGGCCAAGGCCAUGGCCGCGCACAAGUAGCGCGCUAGUUAUAUACGUGUGCACGUUGGAGCUGCCGUGACAGUGGAUUCCGAUGUGCUAUGUACUAUGAAGGAAUCUUGUUAGAAAAAAGAGUACUACUAUAAAGGAAUAAUUUAUGGGAAAUGAUAACUGAUUUUUAGUCA